AUGGCAACUUCUCUUCCGUCAUUGGCCAUCCCCGGUCAACGCCUGGGCUCUGCCAACACAUACGCCGCCGGCCCCGGCACCCACAUCCAACAAACGAAUAUCUUCGCUUCCAUCGCUGGCCCUGUCAUCCUGGAUCCCGCCCAGCCCAACACACAAUCAAAAGCCACUCUUCGAGUUACACGGAUACUCUCUACUGCAGCUCAAUCUUCCCCAGCUGCCGCGCUCGCAAAAUCAAAGCCCAGAUACAACACCCUCCCCGCGGUCGAUUCAAUCGUUCUUGCGCGGGUCACCCGUGUGCAAAAGCGUCAAGCCGCCGUCUCCAUCCUCGUCGUCCUAGACGAGACAUCCGCCCCCAAUGCCGACCUCACCAAAGCAGCUUCAGAUAACGACAACAUCCCCUCUAUCCUUACCUCAGCCGCGAACCCUGAAAACCACAGCAGCACCGACGAGCUCCGCUUCCAAGCCAUAAUCCGCAAAGAGGACGUGCGAGCCGUCGAGAAGGACCGCGUCGUCAUGGAAGAAAUGUUCCGCGUCGGAGAUGUUGUCCGUGGCUGCGUUCUCUCACUCGGUGAUCAAACUUCCUACUACCUCACUACCGCACGCAACGACCUCGGUGUCGUGAUGGCUCGCAGCGAGGCUGGCAACAUGAUGUUCCCCGUUAGCUGGAAGGAGAUGAGGGAUCCUGUCACUGGAGCUGGGGAGCAGAGAAAGGUUGCUCGCCCCUACUGA